AUGGCAGGCGCAUCGCACGAUCCUCAAGUCAUCCAAUGGAUCCUCGACACCCGGAGUCUGUGGCCCGAAGCCCGUGAAACCCGGCAGCUGGAGAUACAGGGAGAAACACAGGCUUCUCGGGCGCUAGCUCUCCUCACCCAGGAAGAGCGAGACCAGGUCUUGAGGUUUUACCAUGUCCGGGAUGCCAAGCUGGCGAUCGGGUCGCACCUCCUGAAGCGCUACGUCAUCAGCAGGUUCUGCCAGGUGCCCUGGUGGGAGGCCAAGGUGACCAGGAACGAGCGCACCAAGCCCAUCUACCGGGACCCGGCCACGGGGGAGUGCCCGCUCGACUUCAACGUCAGCCACCAGGCGGGCCUCGUGGCCCUGGCCGCCGUGCACGGCUACGCGGGCGGCAGCGUCGACGUCGGCGUCGACGUGGUCUGCACCAGCGAGCGCCGGGAGCGCGACCACCAGAUGGCCCGGGCCGAGGGCUGGCCGCGCUUCGUCGACAUGCACGCCGACGUCUUCGCCGACUCCGAGGCCAGCUACCUCAAGUACCAGGUCCUGAGCGCCGUUCCCGGGCUGCUCCCCGGCGCCACCCCGGACGAGGUCCUGGACUUCAAGCUGCGCUGCUUCUACACGCUCUGGUGCCUGCGCGAGGCCUACGUCAAGAUGACGGGCGACGCCCUGCUCGCCGACUGGCUCAAGAGCCUCGAGUUCCGGUCCUUCGUGCCGCCAACUCCCACCGAGGCGCUCGGCGUCCCGGCCCGCGCCGGCGACAGCGGCCAGGUUGUCACCCGGCAUAGCAUCGUCUUCCGCGGCGAGCCGGUCGCGGACGCGAACGUGUGCAUCCAGGCAAUAGGGCCCGACUACAUGUGUUGCACGGCCGUCCGGACGGCGCCCGACGCGGCCGACGGGCUGCGUUUGCGCAUGGGUGCGUUCGAGAUGGUGGCAUUGGAGGAGCUCGUGAGCUUUGCCGAGUCGAGGCUCUGAAGGGGGUUUUCGUCCGUUGUCCGUUCUUGGCUGGCUUGACUUGGCUCUUUCGUUCAUCCCUUGCCAUCCUCGAGUUUAUCUGAUUGAUAAUCAAGCACGUUACUCAUUUCAUCUAAUUGUAUAUAUCAGUGACUUGUACUGGCAACAUGGUUAUUCAUUAUUAAUUCUUCUUGUUUAGGCGUUGCCGCCUGGGUCAUCUACGACCACCUAGGUACUCAUGCAAACUGUGCAAAUAGCCACAAGCAGGCCAAUUGUUUGUCUUCCAAAUCAAAACUCCAACAAAACCCCCAACUCCCAGCAACUCAUGGCCCGCUCCAGAGCCGAGCCGAGCCGCGCCGAGCCAGGGCGAUCAGCAGCCGCCGAAGUAGCGGCCACGACACCAACCGUCCAGCACCACCAGGGCCAGCGACGAGACGACCAGGCCCACGGCCAGCCGCGAAUCCGAC